CCCAUCCAGUGCGACGCUCGACCCCUCCUGGGCAACGCCUUGUUGGCCUCCUGUGAACCCUCUGCUAAGACAUCUUUCACCGCUCCGACGCCGCAAAGUUUGACAGAGAACAGCGAGGCAAAGGAGGAACUAUCCUGUCCCAACAUUCAAAUGGUGGAACCGAGCAAGUCGCUGCUCGUGAAUAAGAUUGAAAAACUGCAGCGAAUGAAUCUACGUCUGUCGGAGAAGAAUGAGUUUAUGCGUGAUCAUAUCAACCAACUAACCAGUGAGAUCCAGCGAAAGACUCAGCUUCUCCAGGUGACCGCUCUGGCUCAGUCUGUUUGUUUUGUGAUUUUGUGUGAUUGCUGA